AUGUCUCACAGGAAGUUCGAGCACCCUAGACACGGUUCUCUGGGAUUUCUCCCAAGGAAGCGCGCUGCUCGUCACAGAGGAAAAGUGAAGGCCUUCCCCAAGGAUGACCCAACCAAGCCACCAAAGUUUACUGCCUUCUUGGGUUACAAGGCUGGAAUGACCCACAUCGUGAGAGAGGUCGAGAAGCCCGGAUCUAAGCUUCACAAGAAGGAGACUUGUGAGCCUGUCACAAUCAUUGAAACUCCUCCAAUGGUUGUUGUUGGUGUUGUGGGUUAUGUGAAAACUCCACGUGGUCUUCGCACAUUGAAUACUGUGUGGACCCAGCAUUUGAGUGAGGAAAUUAAGCGUAGGUUCUACAAGAACUGGUGCAAGUCCAAGAAGAAGGCUUUCAGCAAGUACUCAAAGCAGUAUGAAAGUGAUGAAGGCAAGAAGAACAUUCACACUCAGCUUGAGAAAUUGAAGAAGUAUGCAACUGUUAUCCGUGUGUUGGCUCACACUCAGAUCAGGAAAAUGAAGGGAUUGAAGCAAAAGAAAGCCCAUAUCAUGGAGAUUCAGAUUAACGGUGGCACUAUUGCUCAGAAGGUUGACUUUGCCUACAACUUCUUUGAGAAGCAGGUUCCUAUUGAUGCUGUGUUCCAGAAGGAUGAAAUGAUUGACAUCAUUGGAGUGACAAAGGGUAAGGGUUAUGAAGGUGUUGUUACCCGUUGGGGUGUUACCCGUCUCCCCCGUAAGACUCACAGGGGUUUGAGGAAGGUUGCCUGUAUUGGUGCAUGGCAUCCUGCCAGAGUUUCCUUCACUGUUGCAAGGGCUGGUCAGAACGGUUACCAUCAUCGUACUGAGCUGAACAAGAAGAUUUACAAGCUCGGCAAAACUGGUGAAGAGACCCAUGAUGCCCAGACUGAGUUUGAUAGGACUGAGAAAGACAUCACCCCCAUGGGUGGUUUCCCUCACUAUGGUGUUGUGAAAGAGGACUAUCUGAUGAUCAAGGGAGGCUGUGUUGGUCCCAAGAAGAGGGUCAUUACUUUGCGUCAAUCCCUUCUAAAGCAGACUUCUCGUCUUGCCCUCGAGGAUAUCAAACUCAAGUUUAUCGAUACCUCUUCCAAGUUUGGCCAUGGUCGUUUCCAGACAACACAAGAGAAACAAAAGUUCUAUGGACGCCUCAAAGCUUAA